AUGGUUGCCUCUGAAUCAAAAUGGAUAAACAAAGAGAAGAUACUGCGUUUGUUUUCCUCUUUUUUCUCUUGUACUCAAGAUCAAAAUAAGCUGAAACAAGAAUCUCAUGAGAUGGGAAUUAAACUUUCUAGAAACAAUAAGGUAUCCAGAGAUGAGAACAAAUCUCUUAGAAAGGAAAACAAGUCUCUUUGGGGAGAAAACAAAGCUCUUCGAGGGGAAAACAAAGCCUUUCGAAUGGACAACCAGUUAAUCCGAGACAGGAAUCACUUCCUGAGGGAGCAAAACCAAAUACUCUGGAACUUUGAAAGUUUGAUUUUAGAGAGCCAAAGUGCAUCUCGGGAAAAAAUCAGUGCCUUGAACAUAGAAAGGAGCUCUUACUGGCAACAGAAUCAAGCACUGGAUGCUCACGUCAAGGCCCUCAGGGAACAGGAGAAAGCCUUUGAGAAUGAGGCUAAAGCUCUGAAAGAAGAAAUAAGAUCUCUCCAUGAGGAGAUCGAGGCCCUGCAUCACCAGACAAAAGCAAUCAAAAUGGAGGAAUUGGUUCUGAUGAAGAAGGGUGCAGCGCUAGAGAUGGAAGAACAGGCUCUGUGGAAGGAGGAACAGGCCCUUCGCGAGGAGAACAAGGCUCUUAGAGAGGAACACAGUGCUCUGGAAGAGGAGGAAAAAGCCCUACAAGACGAGGCAAAAAUCCUUGAGAAGUGGAAUAAGAUUCUUCAGGAGAAACAAGGGAUAGGCUUGCUAGAAAACAGUGCACAAUGA